AUGAACAAAUAAAGACUUAAAUAAAAAUUAUAAAUCAUAGUUUAUUUGAGGAAGUUAAAUAAAAUAACAAUAAACUUAUAAAUCUCAAGUGAAUAGACUUUUUAUCAUUCUUUUCAUCUCUAUCUAACUGUUAAAAAACAAAAAGAGGGAAAAUUGAUAAAGUUAAAAAUUCAAUUUGGUAGGAUAUAAAAACGGCACAUUAGGAAACAAAAGAUAAGCUUUUAAAUUUAAUUAAUCUUAAACCUGAUUAUAAAAUAAGAGAAGGAUUAAUUUACAAUUUUAAUAAGACUUUAAUACAGUAUUUAAGAAUAAUGUUAAUAUAAUUCAAUAUAUUCAAUAUACAUGGGUAUUUGA